GCCAUUCUAGGUCAAAGGUAACAGCAAUGGCUGCCAUGUGCUGCAAAACAGGGUCGUUCCUCGGCAUCAUGUCUUUCAAACGCUUUCUUUCUCGUUCUUCUGUAAUUUCUUCUAGAAUGUGCAAUCGGGUGUGUACAAGUGCUGUAUGUCGCUAUCAUAGAACUGAAAAUUGGCCGACUAUCUGUUCAAAAAGUGACGCGAAACUUUCGCGAAACCUGUGUCACCGUUGGAGCUCGCCGCAGCUGGACUUGGACGAAAGAAGACUUGGUCUUCAGAACACGGGAUUGUUAUACGUUGGAUGGAGUCCAUACAGAAGUAUUAACCACAGACUUUUCACGUCAUACGGAUCUGAUAGAACUGGGGGAUCCAGCUAUGAAGCAGAAGCAGUCACAGGGAGACCACGAGAAAGGGAGGCCAGGCUGAAGGGGGUGUUCACCAUUGAUGAACUUGUGGAGGAGUUACGGGGAGAAAACGCCAAGGAUAUCUGUGUUAUCAAAGUGCCUGUGUCCCUGCAGUAUGUGGAUUUCCUGGUUAUUGUGAGCGGUUCCUCCACCAGACAUCUGAAGUCCAUUGCACAGUAUGUCAUAAGUCUGCAUAAAGACCGGAAAGGUGCCAGGGACAAGUUUGUGACAGUAGAAGGAGCGGACUGUGAUGACUGGAUGGCCAUUGACCUGGGUAACAUAGCGCUGCACAUGAUGCUCCCCGAGACUCGUGAGAAGUACGAGCUGGAAAAACUCUGGACGCUCGGAUCGGAGUACGACGACCAAACACGCGACAUCAGUUUCCUGAACUUCCCUUUCGCACUGUCUGAUCAGUUUGAAAUACUACAAACAGAAGAGUAAAGUAGUGCCAGUCGUAAAACUGACCCUUUCACAUUGUCCGAUCAGUUUGAAAUGUUACAAACAGAAGAGUAAAGUAGUGCCGGCU